GUUUAAAACCGUUAUACAUGUAAAUAAAAGAUCAGCCAUCACGCCCUGUGCUUGUGGGAUAUACUUUAUACAUACGUUAUAAACGUAUACAUGUGCAUUUAACUUUGGAUAAAAUUGUGAAAUUAGAGAUUCAGCCAGACGUCUGAGGUGAACUAAGAUGAAAAAAAAUGGGAAAGUGGAGCUUGAAAAGCUGAAGAUGAAGCCCAGAGUAUACAAAGGAAUAUUGAUGCCUGACAAUGAAGUUGAAGUCAUAGAGAAUAUGAAUACAAGGGAAGACGACAUUUGGGUCUGUAGUUACCCAAGAUCAGGAACAACUUUAACCCAACAGAUAGUCUCCCUUGUAAUGACUCUGGACUUUAAAGCAGCAACUACUGUACAGCUUAAUGAAAGAUUUCCUCAGGUAGACAUAACAGAUGAAAGAUAUCCUUACUUCAAAGGAGUGAAGUAUAUAGAACAGCUGCCGUCACCUCGAAUGGUUAAAUGCCAUUUACAUCACUUUCUUCUUCCGGAACAAUUAAGAAACGGCAAGGGACGGAUUAUUUACAUUGCGAGAAAUCCAAAGGACGUAGUGGUCUCCUGGUAUCAUUUACUGGAGUGGACAGACGAAUUACUUGAUGACUUAGACACAUGGGAUAAAUUUUUAGAUUCAUUUGUCGAUGGGACCGGUAUAUUUUGCCCCUGGCCGCGACAUGUGACAGAAUAUUGGGAGCGGAGAGAUGACAAAAAUGUUUUGUUCCUCAAAUACGAAAACGUCACCAAGGAUAUAUCUAAAGCAGUGAAGGAUAUUGCAUGUUUUCUUAACCGCGAGAUUACGGAUGAAGAUGUUGACAGAAUAAGCAAGUUUUGUCAUGUUGAUAACAUGAGGAAGAAUGAUAUGGCUAACCUGUCUUACUGGCGAGAUUUCAAAAAGGUCAAUGACAACGCUGGUGGACGUUUUAUUAACAAAGGUAAAUCAGGUGUUUGGAAAGAAUUUUUGUCUCACGAGGAAGCGACGAAAAAUGAUGGUCUUCUGGAACAGGUCAAGCAGUCUGGACUUACAUUUGAAGAUUGAAUUAAUAACAUGUGUACUAUGUGUCCUUGUAUUAAUCAGCUGCUGAUUCAUUUAGUUCAUAAUAGCCGUAAUGGUGGUUUAAAUAUUAUGUUAAAUAUGCAACUUGGUUUUAUUCAACUAACUUAAAACAAAACACUUAAAUCAUUUUGCCUCUCAAACCUGAUAUUCAAGACCCGUUGACAUUAUGAGACCACGGUCACUUUAUGGGGUUAAUAUUUUUGUAAAAGCUAGUCAGUGCACCGUUCAUUAUGCAAAAAUUCUGUAGCUGUAGUGCCCAUCUGCUUGAAAAGUUAACUUGAAUAAUAUAAUAAUAUCUCUUAUAAACUGCAUCAUUUGCCUUUAUGCUUUGUCUACAUUAGUCUUGAAUCUAUGCUUAAAAUAAGCUACAGUUAAGAACUGUUCAAGACGUUACCAUGUUCAGAUUCCUUUUUUUUUUAUUCUUUUACAAACUGAACAGAACAAAUUAUGUUAUUUUUAUCAGCAUUAUUGAUUUGAAAAAUGAAUGUUAUGAAAUAUCUAAACAGUUUGCAAUUAAAAAGCAUAUGUAAAAAUGAAAUGCUUAUUUGCAGUCUUCACUUUUCUCUGCUAUUAUACAGCUGCUUUAAUUAUGAUAUUUUCAAUUCAAUUUAUAUACAAGCCUACUUUACAAUUUCUUGCCAAGUAUACAGAGUUUCUAACAAAGUACUCUGACAGGACGCAUUCUAUUUAAACUGA